UGAUACAAAGAGUGAUCGGACUGCCUAGAGAGCGUACUCACAGCCACGGGUGACCGCCAGACUUGGCAGUGCAGUGGACACCUCAGGACAAAAAAAAGUAAUGUCUUUGGUGCAGCGUGUUACAGACCCGCAUUGGGCCACUGCAGUGUCUGGAAUGAGCGUCUAAAAGUUCAGAGGCGAGAAGUUAAGGCAGAAUAUUGAAACAUCCUUAACCUCACCAUGGAGUCCUCAGGGAAAGACAAUUAUGGUUUUGAUGGUGAAGAAAAACACGGGGCAACCACGCGGGAGAAGUUCGAGGUGGAAAAGAAGAAGAAAAGAAAGAUCAAGUCGAAGUGGACGUGCUGCCAGAUUACCUUACUGACACUCUCUCUCCUGACGGUGGCGGUGUCUGUGGCUCUCCUCAUCGCCUUCCCAGCCAUCUUCGACGCCAUCCUCAGCGCUAAAAUGGAGGUUGUGUCCGGGUCGUACUCGUACCAGCUGUGGCACUACACGCCCGUGCCAAUCUUCCUGCGUUUCUACAUCUACAACCUCACCAACCCGGAGGAGUUCUCGGCGGGAGGCAAAGCGGUGCUGCAGGAGGUCGGCCCCUACGUCUACCGGGAGUUCCACGAAAAGAAGAACAUCAGCUUCCACGACAACAACACGGUGACCUUCUACCAGCAGCGGUGGUGGACGUGGGACCAGGAAGCAUCGGGCAACCACACGCAGGAAGAUAAAGUUGUCAUCCUGAAUACCGUGCCUGUGUCGGCAGCGUGGACUUUAUAUAGGAACGAGCCACUGAUGCUUCCUCUCCUGAACACUUUCUUCAAGCUGGUGCACGAGGAACUCAUCGUCACUACCACCGCGGGGAAGGUUUUAUUCGAAGGCUUCACGGAUCCCGUGCUGAACGCCACGCAUCUUGGUGACGGUAGCUCCCUCCCGCCCUUCCUCCCGCCUGGCUUGGCUGACUACGACAAAUUCGGUUGGUUCUACAAGCGUAACCUGUCACUCACCUACGAUGGUUUGUUCAACAUGUACAACGGCCAUGAUAGCCUUGACAACCUGGGUGUGAUAGACUGGUGGAACUACGGAAAAGAAACAGACUUCUUCGACUAUCCCUGCAACCUGGUAGAGGGCUCGGCGGGGGAGCUGUGGCCGCCGGGACAGCAGAAGACCAACCUGUCGCUCUUCAGCCCCGACCUAUGCAUGACCAUGACGUUGUACUACAAGGAGGAGGUGAAGGAGGACAACGGUCUGUCGGGCUACAGGUACUGGGGGACGAACGAGACCUUCCCUGGUGACGGCUGCUAUUGUAUUGACGAGGUGUGCGCCCCGACAGGUCUUGUCAACGCUGAGUCUUGCCGUAUGGGAGCACCCGCCUUCGUCUCCUUCCCUCACUACCUCCACGCAGAUCCCUCCCUUCUAGACUCGAUUGAAGGCCUCUCAUCUCCCGACCCUGACAAACACGGCUUUGUUCUCGACAUGAUUCCCGAGGUUGGCAUCCCCAUAAAGGUGACAGCCAGGAUGCAGAUCAACAUGCUGGUCAGGCCUUACAAGCAAAUCAAGAUCCUAAGGAACGUGAAAGAGGUGUAUCUGCCGCUGCUAUGGUUUGAGGAGGAGGCUGUGAUCCCUGACUACAUGGCGCGGCAGCUUCAAUUACUCCUCGUCAUCAUGAACACGCCAGCUGUUUACAUCAUUCUGGGGGUCAUACUAGUGCUAGGAGUCAUUGGCGCCGGCUUGGUCAUUAUUUACCACUUUAAGAAGGGCAAAAGAGGCCGGGGAAGAGUGCCGAAGUCCUAGAGGGAGACGCGAGGCUCAGGGGAAGACAGGGAGUGAGAUGUAGAGAUGGAUUUGGGAUGGUGUGAGUAGGAAAAGACUAUAAAUAUACUACGGGAGAGAAGAUUGAGAGGGAGAGAAGAACAAGAGAAGAUGUAGAUGUUAUGAGAGAAAGAGAAGGUCGAGGAGGAGACAGGAAGUGAGAAGGAGAGAUGAACAUGUGGUAUUACAGAGAAGAGUUGCGAGAGAAGAUGCAAUGAAUAAAAAAAGAACAGAAGGUCAAGAAGCUAUUACGAGAUUCUGGAGCACACGAGAGAGAGAGAGAGAGAGAGAGAGAGAGAGAGAGAGAGAGAGAGAGAGAGAGAGAGAGAAUUACAAAGAAACUGGAGUAACAGAAUACGCAACGGGCAAGAGUAACUGAUAUCUUACAUGUACAAGUCUCAACAAUUACUUUAUUAUACGCUGGGCAAAUAACAAGCAUCAUCAAUCAUCAACUCCAGAACAACAGAGGUGACUAAUCAACUCAAAAAACAGUGGUGGAUAACAAUUUCAUCGAUACAGCGGUGACACUUCUCUCUCAUCAGAACAUACAUAAAAAAUCGUCUACGUUUACAGCUUGAACUUAGAGGGAAGACGCAUAAUAAACAGAACACGAAAAAAUAAGAACAACAAGAACAGGGAGAAUAAGGACAAGGAUAAAAUUAAUAACACAAGAACAAAGUGUAGCGAGAGAUGAAGUAGUCACGCUCUUCCUUCUUGCCUCAUUUGGAUCCCCUCGCACCCAUACCCCUAAGGAAAAACACUGACAAAACCCAAUUGCAGGCAGGCACAUUACUCACAUAGCUGUACUGGCACCACCAUACACUAAUACAUAAGUAACAUGAUGCCAGACAGGUCCAGAUCACUAGGGUAUUUACUAUAUUUUGAAACACUUCUGCGCCGCAUUUCCAUUAUUUUCAAAAGGCUCUAGUUGAAGCUACAGUAUUUUUAGGAUGUUUUUACGUUUCUAGCAACAAAUUAACAAGAUUUCUACAUUAUUAAAAGGAGAAACAGUCCUGAGAAUCCAGGUAAUCAUCUCUGUGGCCUUUGAUAAAUAGUCGUGGUGAUAGAGCAGUGUUUCUAAAUAUAGGCCAUUAUCCAACGUUUUGUUUACUCGGCCCACACCGGUCCUCCACCGCCAGGCCUCACUUUGUCUCCUUAUCUCGGUUUGCCCGAUGUGUUGCCAAGAGCUCCUCUACUGAGCCUAGAGAUAAUGUUACUGCUCGAUACUCUGUUAAUGUUUGUUGGUUAUAACUUCUGAGAUUGAUUGUUACUUCUUAACAGGAAAACAAGUGGAAAAUGUCCUCGAUCUGUGUGCGUGUGUGUCUGUGUCUCAGUGGUGACGCAAAACCUCAAAUAAAAGUGUAUAUUAGUGUU